CUUGUUAGCUAAGUUUUCAAAUGAUUAAUGCAACGUUUAGCCGUUAGGUGGCAGGUCGAUCGUGGCAGGUGAGAAAUACGGUCUAAAAGUCUAAAAGCCCAUUGGACCUACAGCCGGUUUAAAGGCGAACUAAAACUAACAAAUAUAAUGUAUUUUAUAAAGUGGUCCUGUAUGAGUUUGGAACCACAACUGAAUAGCUUCCUCAUGAAAACAUGAAAAAUACACUUUCUUGUAUAACUAAUGGAACUCUUUUGUAUCUGUAGGGCGGAAAGUAUAUUGUAUGGUAAUCGAAAACGACACAGCUGAUCUUGAGAAAAACUCUAAAUAAUUUGGUGAAAAUGGACAAAACUUAACAUCUGCUAGACCUAUGCCACAGUUGGAGAAGACCAAUACUUCAAAGAGUGCAGUAAGAUAUGGAGCGGAUUAGUCGACAGGUGACAUGGUACCAGCAGAAGAUUGGUUACUAUGAUCAGCAGUUGUGGGAGCACUCUGUAGAACAGAAAGUCAUCAAGAAUAUAGAUCAUCUCCCAAGGAAGACAGCCAGUCUGAAACCUGAGCUAAUAGAUGUGGACUUAGUGAGGGGUUCCACCUUCACCAAGGCCAAACCAAAGCAACCCUGGUCCCACAUCACCAGGAAGAGUCUCAUACGGGUCAUACUGUUCCCUUUCUUCUGGAGGUGGUGGCAGGAGCAGACGUCAACCAAGCUGGUCCUGCUUCUGUUCUUCCUGUAUUGUUGCCAAGUGACUGCCACUGUUAUAUACUUUGUGGAAGCAGGGAAUGAGGACUAUUUGAAUUAUGAGUCUGUGUCCAUCAGUGAAGUGGCCAGCCCUAUGCUCCUCAUGUUAUUUCUGGGUGUGGUCCACUCACAAAUCAUCUCUACACACAUCACUCACAAAGGGAGGAAGAUGCAGAAGAAGAUUAAAAAACAGGGAAGCAAUGCAAAAAAGAAGAAGAAACAAGAGCGCAGGAAGUACAAAGUUUUCCCCAAUGAGAGUGGUGGCUCUCAGGAGACGACAGCCAUGGAGGAAGAGGCCAUCACUCAUUCUGAUAACUCGCCAUUAGUGGAACGCUCAUCGCGUAAACAAUCACGCACGAACAGCGAAAACCAAAAGAGAAGAAGGAAACCGUCUCUGAAAAUGACAGGCUCUGACAAACCAAAUCAAAACUGCAUUGUAGAAGAGAUUCUGGCAAAGGAAAACCAUAGCAGUGGUAACCUGGUGCAUGGUAUCCAUGGCAACAGUGAAGACCAGGAUGAGGCUGGAGUUGAUCAGGAUCUGAACGGUUUGGACCUUCCGAAUACUCAAUCAGCUAGUUACAAUCAGCGUGUUAACGAUACUGUCCUCGAGGAGCACAGUCCCACUGUCACAUUUUGUCAGUUUGAUAUACAAAGCCAAAGAGAGACCAGACUUAAAUUGAGAGAAGAUGAAGGCUUGGUGGAACCUGAAGAUGGCGGGCAGGCAGAGCCCAGUGCUUACUUGGAACUUUCUCUGGAAGAGACACAGCCUCCAGUGCCAUCUGGGCCUCACAGGGUGUCCUUUACCAGGGACAACCCCAGGGUAUUAAACCCCAAGGCUGACCCCAGAGAACUAAACAUCAAUGGUGGCCCCAGGGUAUUAAAUGCCAUUGCUGACCCCAAGGGUUCAGCUGCUAAUGAUAAUCACAGGGCACUAAACUCCAGUGAGAACCACAGGGUAAGAGAUCUCUACCUAGACUUGCCAGCUUACACUGUGAACAGAGAGGACGGAGUACACACCGAGGAAGAUGAGGAGGAGGAGAAGGAGGAAGAAGAGGUGAUAAGCGGAGUGGAGAGGGACCGUCUUGUACCAGGUCUUGGCCUGGCUAGGGAGGGCUUUGGUGCCCAUCUAACUGAGCCUAUCUCUACAGACACAACUGACCACUCAGACACGGAGGAGAGAGCACAGGUAUUUCCCCAACCGCAGGAAAGUAGUCUAGACGACAGCGAAACAGAGGAUCAUUCAAAGGACAGCACUACAGCCAGGGACAUGUCAGACCACAGCAGCAACGGUCAGUGUGAUGGAUGUGACAAUCCAGAUUGCAGUAGAUGUGACAAUGCCAACAACUCUGAUUGUGUCAGAUGUGACACUUUCCAAACUCUCUCAACAGAACACUUCGAAUACAAAUCUGACGAUCCCACCGACGCGACAACCUGCAACACAGCAGAGAACCCCUUCGAGCCAAUAACGGAGUUCGCAGGAGAAAUCAUUUUGCCUCAGGAUGGCCAUUUUGAACUGAAUGGACUGCGAAUUCCUGCUGAUGAGCCAAAGAAGAGAACAGAGGGAGAGGGGAGCUCAGAUCCCGGAUAUGACACGGGGCGGUCCUACAUCCCCUCUGACAAGGAUCAAGAACAGGGUAAAAUUGAUCUUGUUGGUAUAAAGCAUCGAAAGGCCCUGAACCAGAAAGUGGACACUGUUCAGAGAAACAGGACAUCAAGUCGUAUAGAAGACCAGCUGUCACAGGAGGAAAAAGAGUGUCCAGAACAUAAAGCACACGUCCCUGACCCCGUGAUAACAUUGAACUCCGAGCCCUUGGAAGAUGUCCCUAUAGACCUGCCACCAGAUGGCGCCACGAGUGGUGUCUUGGGAUCUGGGACACCAGAUAUGGUGGAAGGUGACGAAAAUGCCGGCCACUCCCCUCACAUAAGUUUUGGAAACGGGGCAGGUAGUUGCACCAGGCCGAAAACGGAAUACAUCCCCCUUUCAGACCAGGAGAUGCAUUGUGGGAAAAUUGACCUCGUUGGGAUUAAGAAACGCAACCUGGUUGGGAUGAAUCUCAGACGAAGGAGAAAGAGUAACCAAAAGAUUGACGUGGUCAGCGAUGCGGGGUCAAGUGUCCAGCUGAGGUCAGCUCUGUCCAGUAGAAACCGUCCAAGACAUCCCGAGACACUGCUUUUAAAGCAGAGUAAUGAUACAAGAGUGAUGAGCUCCUGUGAUUCUGAUCCAGACUGCCCUACUCCUAAUACACCUGCUUUAUCUAAGGGUCAGAUAUCUGAGAUGGACUGGGAUGACAACAUGCACUCUGACGUGGCCACCAGUGACACCAGUAGCUGUACUUCAGACUCUGAGGGGGGAGUCACGCUACAUGAUGACCCAUUUGGCUGUGGUCUGCCAUCAUUUCCAUUGAAUGACUUGGCCACUCCCAUAGAUAGAGUAAGCUGCGUGGUUUGGGAAGGCAAUGAUACCAAAAAACUCGACCUGUCAACCUUAGACUUAGGCUGUGCUAUUAUACAGAAAGUUGACGCCCAACAAGAGUCACGUGACUUCAUCAGCAUCGGUGUCUGGGUCUCUCUGGUCCUGGCCUUCAUCCCUCUGGGGUUUAGGUGGUAUUUCCACAAGGGGGCGCUGGAGUAUACAUCCAUGAAGAGCUGGUUCCUCCUAGCAGCAGACUUGUUUGGCUCUCACUGGAGGGUGAUAUUUGUUGUUCUCAAUGGAGUUUUACAACGCAUGGUGCUGUGUGUUAUUUUCUUUUUCUUGCUGUCUGUGGCAGAAAGGACAUUUAAACAGCGAUUGAUGUACGCUAAACAUUUCUGCUACCUCACUUCCACCCGCCGAGCUAAGAAAUAUGAUCUCCCGCAUUUCCGCCUCAAUAAAGUGAGGAACAUAAAGGCAUGGUUGUCACUGCGCUCCUACAUAAAGAAACGAGGUCCUCAGCGUUCAGUGGAUGUGAUAGUGUCUGCAGCAUUUCUUCUUGAAAUCAUCCUAGUGGCUCUGAUGUCUUUUCAGCUCCUAAAGGACAGUGAGGAGUACCCAAAGCACCUUUAUAACUGGGAGGUGAUUGUGUGGUUUGUGGCCCUGUCCGUGUUCCUCCUAAGGUUCAUGACGCUGGGUAGCAAAAUCAACAAGAAGUACAGACACCUGUCUGUGUUAAUUACGGAGCAGAUUAACCUGUAUCUUCACAUGGAGCAAAAACCACACAAGAAAGAGGAACUGAUGUUAGCUAACAAUGUGUUGAAGCUCGCACAGGACUUAUUUAAGGAGCUGGAAAGCCCCUUCAAGAUCUCUGGACUGUCCGCUAACCCAUUUCUCUACAACAUCACCAAAGUGGUCAUAUUGUCAGCUUUUUCUGCCAUGUUGACCGAACUACUGGGCUUUAAACUCAAACUCUACAACCUCAAGAUAAAAACUUGAAAAGAUAGAAGGAAAUAAAUGGGGAAAAUGGAUGAAAGAGAUCCAGACUGAAAUCUGUAACUAUAGCAUGAGUGUGAUAAAUAGAGAAGCCACACAAAGAGUUUUGGAGUCUUGGAAGUAGAAGUGAAAGGAAAAAUAUCAACAAAAGAGGGAGAGGAAAAGAGAGAGAAAAAAUGAUGUAUUAAAAAUACAGGAAAGGCAGGCAGGUGAAAGGUGAUCCUGGCGAUUUUUUAAAAGUUGUCUUAGGAGAAAAAUGAAAUUGUCCAUGAAGGAAAGCACAUGCUUACUUGAAGCUUUACUCACUUAAGUCGAGACCUUUCAACAUACCCACCAAUAAGAGUAGAACAAUCUUUGAUAUCUUAGAUAGCCAUACUUCUAGUCAGGCCUUAAAUGUUUUGCUCUAAUAAUAUAAUAUGAGACUUAAUGUCUGUUAUUUACAUUGAAAUUCUAUGUUUACAAAACACUUCAUUCAGUAUUUGUUUAUACCCAUUUAUUCUGUGUUGUUGUUUUUUAUUAGUUUGACAUUUUGUGAUAAGUAUUUUAUUGUUGUUAUUAUUAUUAUUUUGGAGAAGAAAGAUGUAAGUGAUACAAUGAUGUGCCACAACCUGCCAUCCCCAGAAUUACAUGCAUUGCCAUA